AUUCGGCCUUACGGCGCUGAAUGGAAUAGUUGUUAUAUGAUUCAUACCAACGAAUGGAUAAACCUUGUUAAAAAUGCAAUAUGAACGUUUAGUAAUUUUGAUUAUCAGUAUUAUUCUAAGUUCAGUUGUCUCAAUAAAUGCAAAGAAAAUUACCCAAAUUCAAACCAUCUUUACUUCGAACAUCGUGGAAGGUCAAACGAGGAAUGUUAUAGAAGGAGAUCUGAGUAGUUAUCUUGUUGUACAACCAGCUUCUGGAACUCUUUCAUGGAUUACGCUAAAACUCUCCAAUUUUGCUGUUAUUAAUAGAGUAAUUGUGAAGAGGAGAUUGUGUUGCGAAGAUCAUAUGGCGAUAUUUUCCGUUUCGAUUGGAGAUUCAUUUUGUCAAAGUGAUCCCAAAUCUUUUCAACCAUCAACUCAAGAUUCAUUGUGUUAUUCAUACAAUUAUGGAAGCACCAGUAAUGUUCCUGAAUCAGUGAAUGAAACAUGCUCAACAUCUCUUCAUUCAAGACCUCCUCUUGGAAAUUAUGUUACAAUAUUCAAAAAUUCUCCUAGCAGAAAUAUACAUUUAGCAGAGAUUGAGAUUUAUGGAGAAAUUCUAUCAGAUAUUACUCCACUCAAAGAAAAUUAUGUUUAUGAAAAGAAUGGAACAAGAGGUUAUAUUCUGAAGAGAGAGAAGAACAGCUUUUGGAACGCAAAGAAAAAAUGCGAAGACGAUAAUUCGUAUUUAGCAAUAAAUUCUGGCAGUUUCUUAGCAUCAUAUCUUCGGAGAGAAAUAAGUGAGAAUAAGUUUUGGCGAAAUGGACAUUAUUUCGACAAUAAAUGGUAUACCGCAUCAGAUUGUUCGCAAGAGUUAAGCUCUUUACCAAAUGCAGUAAAUUCACCAACAAAUGAUAUGAAAAUGUAUUGGGAUAGAGAUUUGAAAUUGUAUGGAGAGAAUCCCAAUCAACAAUUCUAUUACAUUUGUGAAAGAGAUUUACCGAAUUCUGUAUCGAAUUGUCCUGAUUAUUGUGAAUAUUGUGAAAUAUUUAAUCGUAAUAACAUGGACUCGAGGUGCAUUUGUGAAAAUGGAAAAUAUGGAGUAAGAUGUCAGUGGCCUUGUUCGGGAAAUUUUUAUGGGGUUGAUUGUAAUAUUGCGUGUGGAAACUGUAGAGGAGGAUCAGCUUGUAAUUCUGAAACUGGAUUAUGCUCUGGUGGUUGUGAAAAUGGUUGGACAGGAGAUAAAUGUAAUGAAGCUGUGACAACAGAAAGUACUAUAGAAAGUACAGUUAUAACAACAAAAUUAACCUCUACAAUCCGCCCAUCUACAUUGGCUCCCACAAAACCAUCAAAUAAUUCUUUCAACUCGACUAUUGGUGAUGGACCUACCGACAAAAACAAAAUUGGACUGAUAAUUGGAGUGGUACUAGCAAGUGUUGUUCUAUUUAUUGCAAUUGUUGUGGGUGUUGUAUUCUGUUACAGGAUGAGAACUAAUGGAAAAGCACAUCCAGAAGCUGAUAUAGAAGAAAAUAUAUCUGUAAAGGAAGAUCAGUUGGAAACGGCCUCAGAUCAUGUUCCAUCAGUGAAUAAUGAUUCAAUUAUUAAAAAUAGAAAUUCGACAAUUAAUGAUCGUGUAUCAGCCGCCUACGAAAAUACACAGCAUAGUAUAAAGGUUGAAAAUCUUGGUUCCGUAAUUGAAAGAUUGUCGAAAGACGAUCAAAAAGGUUUUCAAAAUGAAUUUUCGGAAUUACCAAAUGGACAAAUCCACGAAUGGAACGAUGCAUUGAGGGCAGAUGUUAGGUCAACGAAAAAGAAUAGAUAUAAAAAUAUAUUCGCAUACGAUAAAACAAGAGUUGAAAUUGAAACCGAUGAUGGAACGGAUUAUAUAAAUGCUAAUUACAUAUCGGGCUACAACAAAAAGCAGACUUUCAUAGCAAGCCAAGGUCCAACUGAUAAUAUGGUUAAUGACUUUUGGAAAAUGAUUUGGGAGCAUAAAAUUCCCGUCAUCAUAAUGGUGACAAAUUUAUAUGAAAAUGGAACAACGAAAUGUGUGCAAUAUUGGGCAAACAAGGAAGAAGAGAGACCGAAAAAUUUCGGUCCAAUUUCCGUUCAAUGUAUAGGAGAAAAAGAAUACCUUGAUUAUAAAAUAAGAAAUUUACAGGCCUAUAAAGGAGAAGAGUCGAAAAAGGUUAAAUUGUAUCAUUUUACGGGUUGGCCCGAUUUUGGUGUUCCUUCUAGUCCAUCAUCAUUAUUGAAUUUUAUACAAACUAUUAGAAAUGAUAAGAGAUUACAUGACAAAACGGCAGUUAUACACUGUAGUGCCGGGGUUGGUAGAACAGGAACUUUUAUAGCUUUGCAUACUCUUAUGCAAUCAAUCGAAGAAACGGGAAGUUUAAACGUCUUUCACACUGUGUUGUCACUAAGACAGGAAAGAGUUGCUAUGGUUCAAAAAGAAGAACAAUACGCGUUCAUAUACAAAGCUUUGCAUGAAUAUGUUCAAUGUGGAAGAACAACAUUCUCUGUCAAUAAAUUUCUUAAAAACCUACCACGUCUAAAAGAAAAUCCACCUGGAUUUAGCGAAUCGCGAAUCGAGAGACAAUAUGAGAUGCUCAGCGCCCAAAAGGUUAAAUUAACUGUUUCCAUAUGUCAUUUGGGAAUUGAAAAUAGAGAAUUGAAUAGAAAUCAGGACAUUUUACCAAUCGACCAAUUUCGUCCUGAAUUAUCUCCGCUAGAUGGCAGAAAUACUUAUAUAAAUGCCAUAUACGUUCCGAAUUUUGAAAAGUCAAAGUUUGUUGUUACUCAAAUGCCCAUACAAAGUACUAGAAUCGAUUUAUGGCGUUUAGCCGACCAAUGUAAAUGUAAUGUUAUAGUUAUGCUUAAUCCUUUAGACGAAGAUAACGAUCUUGAUUUUCCCUAUUGGCCUGGAGAGAGCGAAGCUCUUGUAAGGGAGCUGGCUCCUUAUAAGAUUGAAAACGAUAAACUUAGCCUUUCAUUGGACUUGGAAAAUGAGCAUAUAGUAGUUACGCAAUUGCUUUUAUCCAAAAGCACUGAUAAGACAACCAGAGUGCCUAAAAUAAUUCGUCACGUAAGACUUACAAACUGGACAGAUAAGAAUGAAGUUCCUCCUGACAUGACAACGUUCAUAGAUCUAUUUGAAAUUGUUCGAAAAUUAAAUAUGGAUAGCACAAAACAUAAAAGAAUACUUAUACAUUGUUUGUAAGUGAUAUAGACAAGAUUGAAAACGAUAACGUAUCAUAAGUUAUAAACUAAGAUGGCAAAAUUCUUGUUCUAUAUAGAGCAUACUGUAUAUACUGUAUAUAUACAUUAGUAUAUAUAUUUAUAGAUAGAUAGCUAAAUAGAUAGAUAGAUAGAUAGACAGAUAGAUAGAGAGUAAUCUUUCUAUAAUGAUAACGACUUUAUUAUAUUCGUAUGCAAGUAUGUUAUAUUAAAUGGUUAUUAAUAUUAAUUUACAGAGAUGGAGCGAAGAGGAGUGGCUUAUUCUGCGCUGGCUUUGCCUUAUUGGAAAAGAUAAUUAAUGAAAAAAAUGUUGAUAUUUUUCAAAUCGUUCAACAAAUUCAGCGUAACAGACCGCAAUUUAUUCAAAGUGUUGAACAAUACGCAUUCCUCUAUGAACUCGCCGCAACGUGGAUAAAAAAACACAGUAACAAAUCGGAAACCCAGUCAUCUCAUAUCUAUUCAAAUGUCCAAAAUUGAAAUGAUUUCCGGUCUAUAUAUUAAUUGACAACUUAUGAAAAUUGUUUCAAUGUAAAAGUAUGUAUUUUUAUUUAGCAAAAGUUUUUAUCAAUUGCAUUUCUCAUUUAUGUUGUGCUAUAUGAAUAUAUAAUGCAUUUCAAGCAUAUCCACCCUUUCUAUCUGUCUGUCUGUUUGUACAUAUAUACUCACUUCCCUGGAACGUAUUGAUCCAGCUUUAGACAGCUUUCUUAAACUUUUUUUCUUUUUAAAAAAAAAAUGCUCUGGUUUAAAACAAAAUGAUAUUUAUACAAAUUUUUAGAGAUUUAAAUGUUAUUAAUUGUCUUUUAAGAGUAUAAGAGUUUUAUUAUUUAUAGAAUGAUAAACGUUCAGUUUUUUUUGACUUCAGAAUAUAUAUAUACAAAAAAAUAAAAAAAGAAAGAAACUAGAUAAUAAACACCUUCUUAG